UGCCAGCGUUGCAAACUGUACUUAUUUGCAUUAAAAAUGGUUUGCUAUACCGUAUAUUGCAUUUUAUUUGCAUUGAGAAUGUGUAGUAAUUUCUGUUGGUGCACAUUGACAGGACGGAGGAAGACGAGGUUAGGGAACUCUUCCUCAUUUUACCAGAGGAAGUAUGUGGCCGUGUGCUGUUUUCAGUAGACCAGUGCUCAGUUUAGAUAAGCCUGCAGAGCAGUGCAGGCCACUCACAACACAACUGCUCUUACUGCUGGCCUUCGGUCUGAGACCAGGGCAAUAUUUCUUUACUCUGAACCACCUGCUUCAACUUUAUUGGGAGCAGCCAGCCAGAACUGAAGCUUUGCCCUUUGGAGGAAACAUGGAUAUUUAACUGCUUCAAGUGAGAGGAUCUGUAGAGCUGCGGCCUCUAAACGGCCAUUAUGGGCAAUGUGAUGAGGCAGGAAAAGACAAACCCAGAGCCCAACAACUCUGACACCAUGUUUAAAGACUGUGACAGUCUUGUGGUGCUCAGUGAUUACCCAUGUCGAGACAUUAGUGAACCCAUCUUUGGGAUAGGGGACAAACUCAAAGGUCUCUCCGAAGAUGGUUGCUGGUGGAAAGUCCGUUCUCUUCAAACAGGAACUGAGAAUUACAUUCCAAGUAAUUAUGUGGCAAAGGUUUAUCAUGGAUGGCUGUUUGAGGGGAUUAGCAGACAGAAGGCAGAAGAGCUUUUGUUAUUGCCUGGUAACAGUGUUGGAUCAUUCCUUAUUAGAGAGAGCCCGAGAGAAAGAGGUGUAUAUUCUCUCUCUGUGAGACACAGAACCAUAAAGCACUAUAAAAUAUUUCGUCUGACUAACAGCUGGUACUACGUCUCCCCGCGGCUUACCUUUCAGUGUCUGGAGGACAUGGUCAAUCACUACUCUGACUCAUCGGACGGUAUAUGUUGUGUUCUCAGCGCUCCGUGUCUGACUCUGUCCACUUCUGCCCCGAGCACAACCCAGGAAGCCCCUCCUGUGGUAAUGCGCCGUAACUUGGAUUGGAAGAAAGUGAAUAAGUCACAGCUGAUGAGCCCGAGCGCACUGGAUAAUGCGGACAGCAAAGAUGGCAUGAUGAGCUACGGCGUGAGGAGCAGCAUAGCCUCAUAUCUGUCCUUAACAUCAGUACCUGUGCUAGAGAACGCCAAAGACCGAAAGAAGAAGAGCAAGUCUGUCUAUGUGAUGCCCGACCACAGUAACAUAAAUGAAGAUGAGGACUAUUAGCUCACGAGCGUAGACUUUUAAUCUUUUCAUUUUAACCAACACAUUGCAAUGGACUGUAAUAUUUCUGCACUGAGUAAAGCGACCCAUUCACAUACAUGUCCAUUUAUAUGGAAGCCAUUUCUGCGUUUACAUAUCCUAAUUUUAUAUGUUUACAUUUCGCAAUUCUGACUCUCUUUUUCUCUGAAUUCGGGGUUAAGAUUCUUCGUUGUUUGUGCCAUGGAAUAAAAAUUUAAAUAGUAACUGCACUUUUGCAUUUUUCUCACAAAUUUCGACUUUUUUCUAGCAGUUGUAAAUUAAAAUUUGCAAUUGCCUUUUUUUUUUUUCAGAAUUAUAAGUUCAUGUGUCAUAAUUCUGAAUUCAGUCAAAAUUGUGAGUUUAGAAAAAAAAACAUUUACUUUUUUUUCAUAUAAUUUUUUUUUUUCAUUUUCAUUCUGUAGUUUCAAUUUUCAAGUAGUGUUUCACCCUAAAAUCAAAUUGGAAAAAAAAAAAUCUCAUUUAUUGUAAUGUUUAGAUGCUUUAAUUUUAGGGAUUUUUUUAUUUCAGUGAUUCUUAAGCCUGGAAUACACUACGCAAUUUUUAGUUUAUGAUGCCCAAUUUUCAAGUAGUGUAUGAUGCCUAGUGUUUUGAAAAUCUGUUCAAAAUAUCCGUAUGUUUCACUAUUAAGCUUUAAAGUAAAUCAAGAAAAAUGUUGACAUGCUACUUUUUUCUUGAUUUACUUUAUAUAGCCUAGCACCAAAGAUGAGCACGCAUUUUUUUUUUUUUUUAAUUCUUCCUUUAACUUUACUGUGAAGCACGGUUUCUUACUUAAAAACACUGAAGCCAAAAUGUUAAUAAAUAAUGCAGCAAAAUGUUUAAUAGCGAAUGUUACAGGAACACGUUUUAUAGCAACUUAACGUUUUAUGAACAUUUGUUCAUGAGUGUAAAGCCAUAAGCACUUAUAAUUUAAUGUACAUAUGCCUUUAUCAAAGAACCAUUGCUUUCUUUCUUGAAAAUAUUAUGUGGCACGUUUAAUUAAAGGAAUGAGAGAUGGGACACUUUCUCCUAUACUUUAAUA